AAGGAAACUGAGUGUAAUUAAUAAAACUUGUGUCCUCCUUCCCAAGAUCAAGUUCCCAGUGUACUGCACCCAGUACAACCACCUGAAGCAUUACCUCAUUUCCCAUAUAAGUCCCAAAUUCAUAUUGCAUCAUAACUCUACUCGAAUUCGGUUCUGUUGGAUGUUCAGCAAUAAUUAAUCAUUUGUCUUAUUGGUUGAUUUUGUUCCCUCGUUAUUUGAUUUAAUCGUCAGAUGGAAUCGAAUGAUGAAGUUGGAGAAAUUGACCGGUUAGAGAGGGGUUUAUUAAUAGACCGUAUCUCAUACGAAGAAGAAGCAGUUAUAUAUACGGCAUCGUUUAAAGAGACAGAAGAUAAUUUCGUCAAAUAUCAAACAGCUAGAUGGGUAUUAUAUUCACUGUUGCUAAUAUUGGCUUGGGGAAUAGGACUAAUCAUGUUGAUUUAUUUGCCCCUAAGGAGAUACAUUUUACGUAAAGAUAUACGUUCCAGGAAACUUUAUGUCACUCACAAUGCCAUUGUCUACAAAGUAACAAGACCAGUUCCAUUUCCAUGUUUUGGGGAUUUGAAGAAGGAGAAAUAUGUUUUAUUGCCAUCAGUUGCUGACAUUGUAGUUGAACAAGGUUACCUACAGUCCUUGUGUGGGGUCUAUUCGAUAAGAAUUGAAAAUGUUGGGGUGAGAAGGUCUCCUAGUGAUGAUCUGCAAAUCCAAGGAAUUGCAGAUGCUCUUGAUUUCAGGAAGGCUGUUCUAACAUGUCUAGCAAAUCUUAGAAGUGAAGCCUUCUCUAGACAAGCUUCAGCUGUUGAUGAUACUUCGAAUUUGAGAAUCGGUGAUUCCCGUGCAGCUUCGAUGUCCCCAUCGAGAUCCAUCAGGCAUAUUCCAGUAUCUCAUUCUGGAGACCUUGCAGUAUUACAGAAGCUGGAAGAAGUUGGAAGUUCUGUGAAGAUUUUCUUCAGAGGGUUCAAAAUCUGAUUGAAGAACACCACCUUCAAACAUCAGAAAAUGCGGCUUAAGCUGCACAGGCAUAUUCGUUCCUUUCAGAUGCUUGGCAAAAUGAGUUAGGAUGUUUCUCUGCAAAAGCUGCAAUUUCAGUCGCUUCUCAUCAUAUGGGGUUUGUUUCCUCAUUUCAUAUCAAGUUUUGGUUGUUAAACGUGGCUUUUCUGGAACGAGAAUUAGGUUGCCCUGUUAAUAGUCUGUAGUCAACAUUGGUAGUGGUCUCUCUAGUCAACAUUGGUAGUGGUCUCUCUAGUCAACAUCGGUAGUGGUCUUACUCAUUCCAUUGACUGUCUCAUCUAGAGUUUUGAUAAAUCUAUGCAGUAUCUAUUGUGGAAAUAUCUGCUGCAAUAAAUUUUAUCUCUUUCAUAUUCAAUGCUUAUCUUGUUAUUGCUGUAAAGUUGUUCGUUGAGGUAAACCUAUUUGGUUGUAUUACUCUUGCUGAUCUAGAGUUCUGCUUUUCCUAAACGUCCCUCGUGCUUUGGGCCACAUAAGAUAUAUCUUUCUUUCUUUCUCAUCCGUCCAAUUGUUUAUGCAUCAAGGUAAUCCACUACUUUCAAAGCUUUAACAAUCCUACUCCAACAUGCUUGGUCCUCCAGCUACAUCCAAUCACAGGCACUAAUGAUGCUGGUUGUCUGCUUUCCCACACUAGUCUUGAUGAGAUAAUGUUAUCACCAAUACUCUUUGCUUCUACAACGUUAUCCUAAGUCUUCGUUCUACAGUGCUUCUUACUCCGUUCCUAUCUCUAUCUAUCCCAUAAUAAAAUAAUUUAUAUCAUGUGUUGCCAAAAUUCUCUAGCUUUUUCUACUGUCCACCUAUUUUCUGUAGGCAGCUGUAUUAUCUCUCCUCCUUUCAAAGUAAAUCCAUUAAUUCUAUUGAAUUCGCCCUCGACAAGCCUAUAUUCAAGCUAUCUAUUCUAGUCCGAUUCUCUUGGACUAGGUUCUUUACCCUUAUCCGCCCAUUCAGAUGGAAGAACAUUUUCCUAUCUUGCACCAUACCAGGCGCCGAUGUGGUAGGACUUAAUUCUUUACUCACACUUGUCCCUUGCUUAUACUCCCUCUUACCCAGGUGGUGAUGUGAUGGAAUCCAUUGCUCCUUUUUCGUCACACCGGGUUAGUCUUGUGGUUGCUGUUAAGAAAAAAAAAAAAUCUGAAUUAGGAUUGCUUCUUCAGCUUAGAAAUACCAGUAUACAAGCAGCAAAAUGCCAAAGUCCCUCCAAGUCACUGCUGAAACUUCUAGUAAUCAUUCUUUUGAGAACAGCUCCAGAGGAAGAUUGUUAACGUAAAACUCAACCACUCUUUCCCUGAGAUCUAAUCCCAUCUGCAUAGAAGACCAAAGAGGGAGUCAGAGGGGAACUGUUUUCAGGAGUUGCGGAAGUUACUUCCUGAUGAAAGGUAACAACAGCAAUAAAUGUGGGCAAUAGUUGUGGAGCAUUUUGCUUCUGCUAGAAGAUUUCGAGUUUUGGUACGUAAUCUGCUUUAAUUGUCAUCUCAAUCUAGCAUAAUAGAGACAGGCCGAACAGGAAACUGUUUCCUUCGUUUCCCCGUAAAGGAAAUAACGUAUUUGCAAUGAGAAUACAUCAAAUAACCUUUACUCAUUGCAGGUCUGCUCUCAAUCGUUUAGCUUCUCCUGGUCCAUAGGAUUCCAUGUACAAGGUAUUAGGAUUCAAUGCCUCAACAACAUCUUUUGAUGGCCCAACUACUGCCUUCCCAAGUUAAAUUAGUUUGUCUGAAAUUCUCUUGGUCAAUGUCCGCACGGACUCAUUAAUCAAUUCUAUCAGAACGACUAACAAGCUUCUUCCAUAUAUAUUGCUUUUGGAUGUAUGUCUUUCCUUUAAUUGAAAAUCUUUGUUUUGUUGUUGAGAUUGAUAUUUUCAUCAUCAUCUGGAAAGGCAGAGUAUUGUCAUAAGUGCGAAGAGGAAUAGAGGAAGUUUUACUUCAUGCAAUUACCGAUCUAUCUCUGGCUCUCUUAGCCCUGACAAUUAGCUUUUUGGCACAUCUGUUGUAUGAUCAACUUUACAAGUUGAGUAUGAGGCAAACCAAGCUAAAAAUAAGGCCCACGUACAAAAGUAAGAACUUGACACACUGCUAAAGGAUCAGGGUGUCUAGCAACUUGCAAGUCCAUAUUUGCCAUGCCAAUAACAAAGUUUCCCCUACAUCAGAAGUAUAAAUUUUGUAUACAUCUGAAUUUAACAUAAGAAAUGUGAUGCUUUUUUCUCUUCAAAAUAUUUUAGUCCUUUCUAGCCAAGACUAUUCAUAUGCUACAUGGAGGAAUUUUCUUCCAUAUCUGCCUGUCAUUUAUCUAUUUUCUGCUGCUCCAACUGUUUAACAAUUGCUUUAAGUUCUGUUGCAUCACUCAAUAAACUCCAAACAUAUUCAGAAAGAGUUCCCAUA